GAUGCAACUUCCGGUGAGCGCCCCGCCAAUCCCACCUCGCCUUGCUGACGUCACUUCCUCCUUCUGCUUCCUCAUCUCCCGCCGGCGCCAUCAUGGCGGCCGUGUCGGUUUUCCCUUCCCAAGUCGAGCUCGGCGCGGCCCUGGCGCGCUUGGUGACCGAGGCGGCGGCCGAGGCGGUGGCGAGAAGCGGCCGCUUCACUCUGGGGCUGUCCGGGGGUUCGCUGGUGACGCUGCUGGCCCGGGAGCUGCCGCCCGCCCUCAGGGCCGCGCCCGGGGCCCAGCCCGAGCGUUGGCUCGUGGCGUUCUGCGAUGAGCGCCUCGUGCCGCCCGAGCACCCCGACAGCACCGUGGGCGCCUACAGGUUUGUACUGGUCCGUACUGGUUUAUACUGGUUUAUACUGGUCCGUACUGGUCCCCAGGCGUUCCCAGGCCCGGACACGCCCCAGUUUGAUUUGUUGCUGUUGGGGGUGGGGCCGGACGGUCACACCUGUUCACUGUUCCCGGGACACGCCCUGCUCCAGGAGCAGGAUGCCCUGGUUGGGUUCCUGGAGGAUUCCCCCAAGCCCCCUCCCCGCCGGGUGUCGAUGACGCUGCCGCUGCUCAACAGCGCCCACAGCGUCCUCAUGGUGGCCACGGGGGCCACCAAGGCUCCUGUCAUCAGGCUGCUCCUGGAGGCCCCUCAGGCCCCUCAGGCCCCUCGGGGCUCGUUGCCGGCCGCUCUGGUUUGCCCAGGCCCGGGGAGGCUGCGCUGGCUGCUGGACACCGAGGCUGCCCGGGAACUGCAGCGACCCCUGCAGGAACAGCCCGGGAAUUGA